AUGUUCUGUCUCGGCCGGCUUUGGAGUAUCGCUGCUCUUGCGACAGUGGCAGUUGCUGCUCCUUCUCGUUCUGUCCCUCGAGAUGUGUCAAGUAGUGUGCUUGAUCAAUUGACCCUAUUUUCUCAAUGGGCUGCAGCGUCAUACUGCAUGAACAAUGACAACUCAGCCGGCGAUGCGGUAUCUUGCGAGGCCGGCAACUGUCCAUUGGUGGAGUCCGCUGACACAACCACUCUAUACGAGUUUAAUGAGUCAUCCAGCUAUGGCGAUGUCGCCGGCUUCCUCGCAGUCGACAAAACAAACAAGCUACUUGUCGUCUCAUUCCGAGGUAGCCGCACACUAGAUACUUGGAUCGCAAACCUCAACUUUGGCUUCACCGAUGCCAGUAGUAUCUGCAGUGAUUGCGAAGCCCACAGCGGGUUCUUGGAAUCCUGGGAGGUCAUCGCGGAUGAUCUGACAUCCAAGAUCGAGGCCGCACAGACAACAUACCCGGGCUACACUCUUGUCAUGACAGGCCACAGCUUUGGCGGAGCUCUUGCCACGUUGGGAGGCACUGUACUUCGAAAUGCGAAAUAUAAACCGAACGUGUACACCUAUGGCCAGCCCCGGGUGGGCAAUGAGGCUCUGGCUGAAUAUAUCACGAACCAGGGCAGUCUCUGGCGAGUGACGCAUGAAUCUGAUUUGGUGCCUAAGGUGCCACCUUCACAUAUUGGGUUUAGCCACGCCAGUCCCGAGUACUGGAUUACUGUUGAUAGCGAUGUGACAGUGACCUCGUCUGAUAUUGAUGUCAUUGAAGGUGUAGGCUCAAAGGCUGGAAAUGCGGGGACGCUGCAUCCCAGUGUUAGUGAACAUAAAUGUGGGCCUCAAGGUCCCCGACGUCGCAGUCGAAUGAAGGCUAUCUUCCUUACCAUUUUCAUCGUCAUCGCCUUGUACCUUUUAUUCUUUUCCACAACGGAGUCCCCCGUGAAGACCGAAACAAGCAGCUAUGCGGAGAAAGGAUCAACAAAACAACCAGACGAGCUGGCUCGUCCUGCUGUAUCGAGACGCAAGGAUAUGGUCGUGGCUAGUAUGAAGAGUGAUGACACGUCAUGGCUAUCAGAAUAUUUUCCCGACUGGACGAAAAGUAUCUACGUGGUGGAUGACAAAAAUGCGCCGUUGACGGUGACACGAAACAAAGGUCGGGAGUCAAUGGUGUAUUUGACAUACAUAAUCGACAAUUACGAUAAUUUACCAGACACAAUGCUCUUCAUCCACUCGAAACGCUACCAAUGGCACAACGAUGACCCAUACUACGACGGUAUUCCACCGCUCCGAAACGUCCAGAUCCCAUACAUACAAGAGCAAGGAUACGUCAACCUACGAUGUGUUUGGACCCUCGGAUGUCCGAUCGAAAUCCGUCCUCACACCGACACACAUCGCAGCAACGUACACGCCGGUGAAUACUUCAAGAAUGGAUUCAUGGAACUAUUCCCUGGGAUCCCAGUUCCGGAGGAGGUAGGUGUGUCAUGCUGCGCGCAAUUUGGUGUGUCCCGCGCUAAGGUGCUGGAACGGCCGCGCAGUGACUACGAGCGCUUCCGCACCUGGCUAGCGGACACGCCACUAGAGGAUGACUUGAGUGGACGAAUUAUGGAAUAUUCAUGGCAUAUGAUAUUUGGAAAGGACCCCGUGCAUUGCCCCAAUGCGAAGGAAUGUUACUGCAAAUUGUUCGGACUGUGCGAGUUGACCUGUCCAUGGGAAGGUGGCUGUGAUAAUCGCUAUGCCCUGCCACCAUUCUCCUCGCUGCCCAAGGGAUGGCCGGAGAUUGGAUGGAAAGGCCAAGCACAAGACACCUCACAUGGAUUGCCGGAAACUUGA